AAGGUGCCAGUCCUCAUGCGCCGGGUCUUCGAGGGAGGGGCUUUCCGGAGAGUAAACCGGCGUGGGCAGCGGUUGUGAGGGUGACUAUGGUUGUUGGCGCUUCCGGCGGAUCAAAUAAACCACCGUCUGUUGUUCUCAAAGGGGGAACCCUUCUUCCCUCCCGCGCAUAUGGUUGCUAACUUCUCCGCUAGCCCACCUCCCGAGGCUGUACUUUCUCUUUACGCGUUCCGAUGAGUGCUCUGCGGUAAUUGGCAGGUUUAAUUUCUAAGGGUGCAUGAAAUGGCGCUGCGCUUCCGCAACUUGCUGCCGUUCGCCAUCCCCGGAGUGCUGGCACUCAUUGGCUGGUGGUGGUUUUCUUCGCGUAAAAAGGAACGCAUCAGUAAUCAUGACAGGCAAGACCUUCCCAGCUUGGAAGAGCACCAGAAAUGUUCUCUCCAGAGGGAGCCAAGCUCUUGGAAAGCUGGACAGUUGAACAGUGAAUUUUCUCCACCUCUGCAGGCCAGGCAGUGUAGUGAUUUGCCCUUUCAAGAACUGCAGAUACCUCUGACAGAAGACAGAGCACAAAGCUUUGAAAUGUCCAGAGAAGACCCGCCCGUUGGGGCAAAACCAACCUUCAGACUAGACCCACUGCAGGACGACAGUGGAGAACUGGAAGUGACGGGGCCCCGAGGUGUGCUUGGAUCCCCUUCGCCCAAGACUUCUCUUCUGGAUGCACAAGGAGUUGAUGACUUCCAAACUGGUGAGGCUGCCAGUGAGGGGAAGCUGGCAUCCAUUCAGGUGGCAAACCAAGUGCCAUUGGCAGUUCUUAGCUCUGAAAAAUUGGGAGACAGUAGCAAAGAGGUGGCGGUCCAGAUCAGUUCAUCGGAGAAGACUUUGAAGGAAGACCAGUGCCCUGCACCCACCUCUGUGGAUUCUUUGCCCAUCACUUGCUCCAAAAAGAUGAAUGAAGAAGUUCCAGAUGAGAUCCCUAUGGAUACUGCUGAAGUGGAAGGAGGGAGUGAUGGUAAUGGUGGUGAAGCAGAGACUGCGGUUGGAACCCUGACCACGUAUGUUGAACCUGCUAGAUUAGAGGCAGUUGAGGAAGGAAUGACGUCCAGUUCAAAGGCUGGUAGUAUGUUGAAGCACCAUGGAUUCAGAGAAGUUGGGUAUAAGGGUGGUCUGGAAGAAGAGAGGAUAGGAGCCAUUAGCUUGGACAAACAAGAAGUAGAGAAGAUUGAGCAGGUGGCCAUACACAUAAUUUCCAAUGUUAUCCGGGCAGCCACUGAGGAAGUAUUGUCUGGGUCGGUCAGUGAUGUGUCAGAGAGGAUAUGCCAAAUAGCCAGCCUGGUGGAUAGUCCUCGGGAGAAGGUGUCCACUGGAGCUGUUGGCCAGGCAGAAUCCAGCCAGGGAGGUGAAUGCGUGAGCGAGAAGGUUGCAACCGUAGAACUGUCUCCUCUGCUGGAGGAGAACGUCAAUCGUCAUGCCACGUAUUCAAGUCAUUUGAUGCAUGGCCGACUGGUCAACCUAAGUCACAGCCGGCUCAGAGACUCCAGUUGUCCCACAGGGCAGUCUGCUGGCAAUCUGGCAGCGGCUUCUAACCACGAGGAGGAGUUUGAUGAUGGUCACAUGGUGAUGGAAGAUUCUGGGUGCAGUGCCUGCACCUCAGAAGAUGGGGCUAGUGCUGAGGAUCUCCUGAAAAGCGCUUCGUCUCCACCUUUGGGACAACACCUGGAUCUAUUGAACAUGCCCACCAUCAAAGACUCAGAGAACAAAUCCGCAUCAAGCCAGAAACCGCCUACCCCCAUGCCGAUGGAAGCCAGGGUGCCGUACAGCAAUGGCAUGCUGAAGGAGGACUUUCCACCUCUGAGCCACGAACAGCCAUGGCCAACGGAGGCAGAUACUGACCACUCAGGAGGCUCUGACGUAAACAGCAUGGACUCGGUGGACAGCGGAUGUGCUCUCCGCAAGAAUGACAGCUGCCCGAGUGCUAAGAUGGGAACAGACUCCAGUAAAGCAGAGCUUGUUAUCUGGGAAGUAGAAAUACCAAAGCAUUUAGUAGGGCGGCUGAUAGGCAAGCAAGGGAGAUACGUGAGCUUCCUGAAGCAAGUCUCUGGUGCCAAAAUCUACAUUUCCACGCUACCUUACACCCAGGACUUCCAGAUCUGCCAUAUAGAAGGCUCUCAGCAAAAUGUUGACAAAGCACUAUCCCUGAUUGGAAAGAAGUUCAAGGAUCUGAGCCUCACCAACAUCUAUGCCCCACCACCACCACCACUGCCAUUGCAUUCCCUCCCCAUGACCUCCUGGCUCAUGCUUCCAGAUGGAGUUACGGUAGAAGUGAUCGUGGUUAAUCAAGUCAAUGCUGGGCACCUAUUCGUACAACAGCACACGCAUCCCACGUUCCACGUCCUGCGUAGCCUAGAUCAGCAGAUGUAUCUCUGCUAUUCCCAACCCGGGAUUCCUACGAUGCCAACCCCAGUAGAGGUAGGUGUUGUCUGUGCCGCACCAGGUGUGGAAGGUGCGUGGUGGCGGGCACAAGUAGUCGGCUACUUCAAAGAUACCAGUGAAGUGGAAAUCAGAUACGUGGACUAUGGUGGAUAUGAACGAGUCAAGAUUGAUACACUUAGACAGAUCAGAUCUGACUUCGUAACACUGCCGUUCCAAGGAGCCGAGGUCCUUUUGGACAACGUGGUGCCGCUUCCGGAUGAUGAUCACUUUUCAUCUGAAGCCGACACGGCUGUUAGUGAAAUGACCAGGGGCACACCCUUACUUGCACAGGUUACAAGUUAUGACAGUGCAACAGGAUUGCCACUAAUACAGCUGUGGAGCAUGAUAGGAGAUGAGUUGGUGUCUAUAAACCGAACGUUGGUGGAAAGAGGGUUUGCGCAGUGGGUCGAUAACUACUAGCAAAGCCCUUAACCCAUCUUCUGGACUGCUCUUUCCUCUGUUUCCCCUGUCCCCCUGACUUUCUUUCCUGUUUUUGGCACUGUUUCAAAAUUAGGAUUGUGCAGUCCUUCCUCCCACCCCUUCCCCCCAUGCACAAAUCAGCCAUUAUUUCCAACAGUGAUUUGUGAGGAAUUCAUCUGACAGACCACAGUUAGUAUUGCAUACCUCAUUUUGUUGAAAGGCAGGGAGUUGUACCAUAAGCCAUUAAACAAAAACAAACUGCAGCUUUAAAACUUGGCUCUUCCCCUUUGGUCAAAUGUCAAGUUAUUAAAAAAAAAAGAGGGUUGCACCCAUUUGGCUGUGUGUGGUUUAAAUAAUUGUUUCUCAACCUUGGCAACUUUAAGAUGUCUGGUCUUCAACUCCCAGAAUCCCCAGCCAGCAUGGCUGGCUGGGGAAUUCUGGGAAUUGAAGUCCAGACAUCUUAAAGUUGCCAAGGUUGAGAAACACUGCUUUAAAGUGUGUGUUGAAUGUAUCUCAAUUUCCUAAAGUGACUGCUGCCUAGACAUUAAACUGACUUGAAGUUUAAGAGAUAAAAUUGAUUCAGGCCACCAGAAACCUCCCCCUCCCCAUUGAUAAAAUAUUUGAAGCUUGGGAGCACAUCUGAGAUGUUGGCAUUUCCAUGUUUCUAACAGCAAAGGCUAAGCUGCCUUCCCUUUGGUUCUAGGUAAGGCCACAGGCUCCUUGUGAGAUUGUGACUUCAUUUUUAAUUAAGGCUUGGUUUGUGCGCAAAACAAGGAAACACCCGUUUUGCAGACCACCUUAAACAGCAAGCUUAUCUUCAACCGCUAUAGCUGCUGCGUUUUUUAAUUCCCAGUCAUGUUGAACACACAGAGAAAAGAAAAAUUGAUUGUCAAGCCUGAUUGUGAGACAUAACUGUUUUCUAGCUGUUUGAAAAACCUAUGUAAAUAUAUAUAAAAAUCAUUGUAAUAUUUUGUACAAGAGAAAAAAAAUACUGGAGAUUAAAAAGGGAACUUCAAACAAAAAAAAAAAUUUUUUUUUUCCCAUACCAAAAUGUCCUCUGUAGGGAGAAAUAGUUUGGGGUGUGUCAUUACACAGCUAAACACUAGAAAGUGUGAAAGUUUUUCUGACCUUUGUAUAGCAUGGUUCUUUCCCCCUGCUUGCUGUAUGGUAGGAAGAGUAAUUAGCAAAUUCUUGUUGCUUUUUUGCUGUACAGAUCUGACGGAAAGGGGAAGAACAAGUAACAUUUGGAAUUAAUAUUGCAGUGGCGUCUUUUUUUUUUUUUUGCUCCUUUUUAGAUUGGUUUCAAAUGUGGAAUUAAAAAAAAUCAAGUAAUUUAAGCUAAUUUAAUACUAUUAAAAUAUAAAGGAAUUUAAAACAUGGUUGUCGAGUUGGGAGUUAUUACCGAAGGGAGAGAACGUAAAAUUGUGUUGUAUGUAUGUCAACUCUUAUUACAGAUUUUUCAAAGUUCUGGUCUUAUACAAAACAUGGAGUGUAUGGCAAAAUCUUCCUCAAAAGCUGUAGAAAAAAAAAAGUAUUGUGUGAACCAGUCAACCUUUAAGAUUUUCAGCAAUUAAAUGCCUCUAAAUGUGA